AUGGAAUCAAUCAACCACACCAGAGCGGAGCCUAUCGCCAUCGUUGGAAUGGCAUUGCCUGGACUGAGAACCCUGACGGACGUUUUGAGAAUGCGGCCUUUUGGAACAAGAAUUCUGAACGGAAAGGAAAAGCGAAUCAACAACAAAGGAGGCUAUUACUUGAGACACAACCUUGCCCAUUUUGAUGCUCCAUUUUUCCGCAUUACAGCCAACGAAGCCAAGGCUAUGGAUCCACAGCAACGGUUUCUCCUUGAGAUUACCUACGAAGCGUUGGAGAAUGGCGGCUUUCCAAUGGAGGAAAUGGCUGGCAAGAAUGUUGCAGUCUUUGCGGCUAACUCAUUCUCGGACUACUUGCACGGUAUCACAAGGGACCCUGAGACUGCGCCUACCUUUGCAAUGACCGGAUGUGACCCCUGCAUGAUUGCAAACCGAGUGUCCCAUUUCUUCGACUUUCGUGGCCCUAGCAUUACUGUAGAUACCGCUUGCUCUUCAGGUUUGACUGCCAUCCACUUGGCCUGUCAGACUCUUCGUUCGGGAGAUGCCCCUUAUGCCAUCGUGACCGCUGCACACCUGAAUAUAUAUCCCCAGAGCACCAUUAUAUACUCAUUAUCCCAGCUUCUUUCGCCGGAAGGGAAGUGUUACGCGUUCGACGACCGGGCUACGGGGGGUUUCGGUAGAGGAGAGGGAGCAGCAUCCUUGGUGCUCAAACCUCUCAGCGCGGCUCUUGAAGCAGGCGACCAUAUCUACACUGUCAUCAAAAACACUGGUGUCAAUCAGGAUGGCCGGACAAAUGCUGGACUCACUGUGCCAAGUGGUGAGGCCCAAGAGAGCUUAAUUCGAUCCGUGUACGCCUCCUGUGGCCUCGACCCAUCCCAGACUAGGUAUGUGGAGGCUCAUGGAACCGGAACUGCCGUUGGUGAUCCAAUUGAGGUGGGUGCCAUUGCCAAUAUCUUCGGCAAACAGAGCGCCAGCUUGGAGCCAGCAUUUAUCGGAUCAGCAAAGUCAAACUUUGGCCAUUUAGAGGGGGUUAGUGGCCUAGCAUCGGUUAUCAAGACUGCCAUGAUGCUUGAAAAAGGGAUGUUGUUGCCUAACACGAACUUUACCAAUCCGAAUCCCAAACUACAUCUGGAGGAGAACAACCUUCAAGUGCUCACUGAGAUACAGCCCUGGCCCAAAUCAGGGGCUCGUAGGGCAUCCAUUAACAAUUUUGGUAUCGGGGGCUCUAACUCGCAUGGUAUCUUUGAGCAAGCACCACCGAGACCUAGCCAGAAACCGUCCAAGUGCUCGUAUAUUUUUGCCCUCUCGGCCAACUCCGAAUACUCAAAUCGAGUUCAGCUGAGCCAGUUGUCGACUUAUGUGCGAAAGCAUCCCCCAUUAUUCAACCAGACCAUCAUGGAGGACCUUGCUUUCACCCUCUCAGCGCGAAGAUCUCUGCUACCUUGGAAGACUGUCAUUACGGCAAACAGUCAUACUCAGCUUAUCGAGAAGCUGAAUGCGGAGUCUUUGACACCAACACGUUCGACUAAGCGGCCAUUGGUGGGUCUAGUCUUCACCGGCCAAGGUGCCCACUGGCCACAGAUGGGGCAAGAGCUUGUCUCUUACCCCGUCUUUCAGAAAUCCCUCCAGAAAUCGCAAGUUAUACUUCAGGAGCUAGGGGCUACCUGGGAGCUGCAAUAUGAACUAUUCAGAAGCGCAGAAGACUCUCAACUCGGUGUUGCGCAGAUCAGUCAAGUCGCCUGCUGCGUCAUACAAAUUGCUUUGGUAGACCUGUUGCGUUCAUGGGGAUUGGAUAUUACCGCUGUGGUCGGCCAUUCUAGCGGCGAAAUAGCCGCUGGCUAUGCAGCCGGCCACCUAUCUGCUGCCACAUGCAUCAAGGUGGCAUAUCAUCGUGGAAUGGCAGCAGUGGAGAUAAAAAAGCAAUUCCCGAACGUAAACGGGUCAAUGAUUGCUGUGGGAUGCAGCGAGGCUGUGUUACAGCCCCUACUGGCCUCCCUGGUGUGUGGCUUGGCCACCAUUGCGUGCAAGAACAGUACCUCCAGCUUUACGGUAUCUGGCGACCGCACCGCAAUCGAGGAGCUUCAUGCCUUGUGCAAUGCACAGAAUAUUUUCAACCGUAUCUUGAGCGUUGAUGUUGCCUAUCACUCGAGUCACAUGGAGCUCGUUGCUGAAAGCUAUCUCGCAGCCCUGUCCGAGAUCGAUUGCGUCGAGAGUUCAGUGAAGUUCUUCUCUUCAACCAAGGGUAGCCUACUUGGAAAGCCAACCUUUGACAACCGUUACUGGACGAGCAACCUGACUGGAAAAGUUCUUUUUUCGGACUCUCUCUCGGCUAUGUGUCGCUAUACUGAGUCAAUUAACGGAGAGAAACGGGCAAUAGACAUUCUCGUGGAAGUUGGUCCCCACGCAGCCCUCAAAGGCCCUGUCUCUCAUAUGCUGAAAAGUAUUGCAAGGGACCAAGAUGUUGGAUACUUCCCAACACUGGUCAGAGGCAAGAAUGGGAUCCAUACCAUGCAUGAACUGGCUGCCUCACUGUUUUCGAAGGGAUUACCCAUCGACCUCCAGAAAGUCAAUUUUGACAACAGUCAAAAUGUAUCCAAGCAGUUUGCUGUGUUGGGGGAUCUUCCAUCUUACCCGUGGAAACAUGAGGAAGAAUACUGGCAUGAAUCGCGAAUCAACAAGUUUUAUCGGACAAACAAGGUGCCUUAUAAUGAUUUACUGGGCUCAUUUGCUACAGAUUUCAACAAUUUGGAGCCUCGGUGGAGGAGCAUCAUUCGCUUGGAUGACCUGCCAUGGCUUCGCGAUCAUCGUGUGCAGUCGGAAGUGGUCUUCCCCAUGGCUGGCUACAUUUCAAUGGCCAUCGAGGCUGUAUCGCAAUAUCACCUGCUCCAGGGGAAGACCGAGGGCAAAUCAUACAUUCUUCGAGAGGUGUUGGUCAAGCACCCGUUGAUACUCUCUGAGAUGGUCGAGUAUGAUGUGACCUUGUCACUUCGACCGUGUAUCACUGGCCCACAAACUCCGUCAACAAAAUGGUACGAAUUUGCCAUAUUUUCAUGCACCGGAGACUUGGAGUUUGAAGAACGUUGCAGAGGCAAAAUUUCCGUUUCAGACAAGUCUCAAAUUAGGGUCAAAAGUGACCAAAUUUCGCCGGACGACUUUGCCGGAGUCGAACUGGAUAACACCAACUUCUAUACAGCAGUCAAGAACACGGGUGUUGAGUAUGGUGCCUCACUUUUGGGCCUGUUUGAUAUAAAAGCCACUGGAUGCAAAGCUAUUGCAAAAAUGAGGAUUCCAGAGACCGCCACGAACAUGCCUUCUAUGUGCGAGAGUGCGUAUGUGUUGCAUCCAGCAACAGUCAAUAUUCUCAUGCAGACAGCCUUAGUGCUUUUGCACUCCCAGCCUGGAGGACUGGACAAACUCUACAUACCCCGCUAUAUCGAGGAAAUUGAGGUCCGACCUCUAACCACCCUGGCAGCAGGCAAAGAUCUCGCCAUCGGUGGGACCAUUUCGAACACAUCUCCAGAUGAUCCAGUAUUUUCCAUAUUUGCACAGCAUAUUGGUGGAACUUUUAUCUCAAUCAACGGUCUUCAAUGUCGGGGACAACCUUUGCCAGAAAUUUCCUCGGCCAUGACUGACUUCUGUCACAAGCUCGAAUGGAUGCCCUGGGUUGACAUUCUCUCGCCUAAUGAGAUGCGUCGCGCUUUUGAAGUGCCCAGCAAUGGCGCUGCUGACGAAAAAUCACGUAUCAGACUACUCAAGAAUGUUUCAUUGUACUACAUGCACAAGGCGCUGGAGCAGCUGGGGGAUUAUGGUGGAUCACGAUACGUGAACAUGUACCGCUGGAUGAAAGAGAAAGACCAAGAGCUAUGGGAGAAUACUUUAGACGAACAACAGGGCCAAGAUCUUAUACAAAACGCACGCCAGUCAGGGCCUGUUGGAAAGUUACUUUGUCGGAUGGGCGAAAACCUCGUCCAGGUCGUUCGCGAAGAAGUGGAGCCUCUUAGUCUGUUGCUAGAAGACGAUUUACUCACGAGCUACUACGAGAACUUGGAGCCCCUGAAAAAUCAAUCCGAACUUGCGCAUCUUGGAGAUUGGGGCUGGAACAGGGGGGCGACGUUGCCUAUUUUACAAGCUCUCAGUGAUUCAGCAGCAAGUGGUCACCCAAUUUUUGAAUCCUAUGUUUUCACUGAUGUGAGUGCCGGGUUUUUUGAAAAAUCCAAGCUCAAGCUCCAGGCAUGGAAGCAUAUGUUGGAGUUCCGCAUUUUGAAUAUCGAAACCUCACCCGAAGAACAAGGCUUGAUAGAAGAGAGCUACGAUCUGAUCAUCGCGGUGAAUGUCUUACACGCAACGGUCAAUAUGUCAAACACAAUGAAGAAUGUUCGCUCUCUUCUCAAACCCGGCGGUAAGCUACUUUUGUUGGAAAUCACAAGGCCAGACCUCACGCUUUUCCCCUUCACGUCAUUACCCGGCUGGUGGCUUGGGGAGGAGGAAUUCCGCCAAAAUGGACCGACCCUUUCGCCCAUGACUUGGGACAGAGUUUUAAAAUCAGCCGGUUUCUCUGGUAUUCAGGCAGAGCUUCAAGAUUACCCCAACACCCUCGAGCAAGAAAACUCCUUGAUUGUGAGCUCGGCCACAGCAUCCGACCAGUGGAGCCCAAGCGAUGAUCUUACCAUUGUCACGAGUGGUUCUUCAGGGGGCCUUGCCGAAGCGCUCAAGACCAGCCUAACAGAAUCCCUAGGAAUUACCGUACGUGUCAUGACACUCGAGGCCAUCGCCACCGAGCACAAUAUUUUGAAGAGCUGGAUCGUACUGGAAGACUUCAAUGCUCCGCUCCUGCACAGUAUCAACAAGCCUCAGUAUUGGGGCCUCCAGCGCAUUGGCGAGGCGGACAGAAGUCUGUGGGUGGUAGCAGGAGCCAACCAGGAGUCUGUAAACCCUCGGCCUAGCAUGACCUUGGGGCUCGCCAGAAGUAUCCGGGAGGAAAAUCACCACCUGAAGCUUGUGGUAUUGGAUCUAGAUCUUAAGAACCAGCUCCCAACUGCCGAAGCUGCUGCCAUGAUUCACCGCGUCUUUUCACACUCAUUUAUCAAAGCCGACACACCUCUGGCAGAGCUCGAACUCUCUGAAAGGAACGGGAUAAUUCAUAUUCCACGAUACAAGCCGGACGCUGGAAUGAACCAGUUGAUUACCGACACUCGGGAGCAAUUUGCACCGAGAUCCCAAGCCGGCUUGGAUGGUGGACAUGUACUCAAGAUGCGAGUACAAUCAACAGAGGCUUCCAAAGGCUUUAUAUUUGUUGAUAAUGGUCUACCCCUACCGGCCAUCAAUGACUUGGAUGUUGAAAUUGAGGUUAAGGCUAGUGGUGUCAGCUUUCAAGACGUCCUAGUUACCAACAGCAAUGUUAAUGAAGACCUUGGCUAUGAAUGCAGCGGUGUAAUAACAGCGAUCGGGCUUGGGGUCCAGGACCUAGGCGUUGGCGAUCGUGUUUGUGCCUUGACAAGAGGUACAUACGCAUCCGUUGUACGAUGUCCUUCGGUCCAGGUGGUCAAGAUUCCCGAUGAAAUGACAUAUACAACUGCGGCAGCUAUCCCAAUGGCCUUUGUCACAGCCUACUACUCCCUGGUAACGGUUGGUCACCUCAAGCAAGACGAAACCAUCCUCAUUCACCAAGCUGCUGGAGGUGUCGGCCAGAUGGCCGUAAGAAUUGCGCAGUCUAUUGGAGCUAAGGUGUAUGCGACGGUCGUAUCUGUCGAGAAGAAAGAAGCAAUCGCAGACUAUUUCCAGAUUCCAUUCGAUCACAUCUUCUGCGCGGAUCAGGUCUCAUCGUAUGAAGAUCUGAUGAAUGCAACAACAGGGAGGGGAUAUGAUGUCGUCGUGAAUACCCAGUCCAACGAAGCGUUGCAUGUAUCGUGGAAGUGCAUGGCACUGCAUGGGAGAUUUGUGAAUCUUGCCCUCGCAGGUACUUCGGAUGAAAACCAUCUUUCUAUGAAGCCGUUCAACAUAGGUGCCUCUUUUCUUUCGAUAAACCUGGAGGCCCUGAUGAAGACCAAACCUGAGCUGUUGCACGAUAUUUUGACCCGGGGGAUUGAGUGGUACACCACUGGGAUGAUUGAGCCGGCUAUGUCACCCAAGUGCUACCCCGUUGGAGCGAUAGAAGAUGCCUUCAACCAUCUUAGUCAGGGUGAUUCGAUCGGGAAGCUAGUCAUUGACCUUUCAUCCCCAGGGCCAGUAUUGGCGAUCAAAGAUGAGUCAUGUGUGCCGUUGUUCACGCCUGAUGAGUCCUACCUUGUCAUGGAUGGCGGUGACAGUAUUGGACGCAGCAUAAUCCGGUGGAUGGGCCGCAGAGGUGCUAAAAACAUCAUCAUCAUGACUCGCAGCGGGUCAGAAUCCCCCAAAGUGCGCGAGCUGGAGUCGGAGAUGCGAAUGAAAGGAAUACGACUGGCGAUAUAUCAAGGUGAUUUUGCGGAUGCCAACAGCCUAGAACAUGUUAUCCAGGAGAGUUCAAAGAUUCUUCCGCCUAUACGAGGUGUCAUUCACAGUGAUGCGGUGCUUAGAACUAUGUUGUUCGAGACCAUGCCGUUUGAAGAUUAUUGCGCAGUAGUCAGUCCCAGGGUCCAGGGUGCAUGGAACUUACAUCAGUGUUUCAGUGAUUCCCAGAGUCUCAGGUUUUUCAUCAUCAUCUCUUCCAUUACUGGUACUGUUGGGACUCCAAUCCACGCUGCCUACGGUGCUGCUACAACCUAUUUGGGCUCACUGGCACGAAUGCGGAAGGCUCAAGGCCUCCCUGGCAUUUCCGUCGACUUGGGACCGGUGAUCAAAGUUGGAGGUAUUUCCGAGCAGAGAAGUCGACAGCAAGUCAUCGACAAAGACUGGGGCGAUGAGGGUCUCACCGAGAUGGAUGUCAACAACAUUCUGGAUACAGUGAUCAGUGGACAAUAUGAUCCCAGCUGGGAUGCUGAAUGCUAUACUUGCUUACUGCCGUCCCCAUUGCGUGUUCCUUUCUGGUUUGCGGAUAGUCGAUUCAUCCAUUGCCGGCAUCCUGAUCUCGUGGGAGAACAGGGCAUCGAUAGCAUCGAUGACAAACCAGUUAUACCGCUAGGGCAGCUGUUGUCCAACAGUCAGUCUGCCGAGGAAGACCGAUCUAUCAUAUACGAGGCCAUUGUGGGGAAGUUCGUCUCGGUCUUGUCGUUACACCCGGAUGACAUUGUACCCUCGAGUCCUCCUAGUACGUAUGGAGUGGAUUCAUUGGUCGCCAGUGAAAUCCGCAAUUGGAUUGCACGUGAAAUGAAGGCGAGUCUGAGCCUACCAGAGCUCAUGAGCAGUGCUUCUUUUGUGGAGUUGUCCAACACUAUCACUCAACGGUAUCGGGUAGCCGUAGGGGCCUGA